AGCAAAGGUUAGUGAACCAAGAUCUUACCUUUUUUUAACGUAAUCGAUCUAAAUUCACCUGAUUGUGCAUGCAAGCAUUUCUAAAGUUGGCCUACUUACGAGCCCAUUAAUAAGUAUACAAAGUUUUUUUAAAAAAUACAUCUGAAAAGGACAGAUUAUAAAUCUAUAAUUGCCAAUGAUCAGUGCUUGACAUCAGACAUAAGAAAAACACCACUGUACCUUUAAAUUUCGUGACGUCAGGUUUUUAUGUCGUAAACCUACCAGAACUGGCGUAAAAUAAUUAACUAUAAAUAAAUCACAUGGUGGCACCAUGUUUCCUGCGCCAUCAACAACAACUUUGCGUUUGUUUUGGCAUGCUUUCAUUAGAUGUGUUCGAUAGUUUGCACCAUGUUUGUGUUAGUGGAGAUGGUGGACACAGUCAGGAUCCCUCCGUGGAACUUUCACAGACAGCUCAACGAGGCUGUUUCCGAAGAGCUGAACAAAAAGCUGGCUAACAAAGUGGUCUACAAUGUCGGCCUCUGCAUCUGCUUGUAUGACAUCACAAAACUGGAAGAUUCCUACAUUUUCCCAGGGGAUGGUGCCUCGCACACUAAGGUUCAUUUCAGGUAUGUUGUUUUCCACCCGUUUCUGGACGAGAUACUGGUCGGCAAGAUCAAGUAUUGCAGUCAGGAGGGCGUUCAUGUGACCAUGGGCUUCUUUGAUGACAUUCUCAUCCCGCCAGAGUCUCUUCAACAACCCACUAAAUUUGAUGAAGCCGAGCAAGUUUGGCUUUGGGAAUAUGAGACAGAUGAAGGCGCACAUGACCUCUACAUGGACCAGGGAGAGGAGAUCCGCUUUCGAGUGGCGGAUGAGAUAUUUGUAGAUACGUCACCAACGGGCCCGACGACUGACACGCCAGCAGCCGAACCUGGCCAGCAGCCGGCUCCGCCUCCGGCACAAGAUACCGGCGAGAAGAAAGAUGCGCCAUAUACUCUCAUAGGGACCAUUUGUGAGCCAGGCCUGGGGCUGCUGUCAUGGUGGAACAACUAGCAGGAAGAGGAGAUCAUUUGGACGAUCAUCAUCAUCAUCGGUCUGGGAGACUUGUGGUUGGAUCAAAACGAGCAAAUUUAGCAGACUAAAACUGAACAUUGGUGACAGAACACAGUGACAGAUCGCACUGAGGAAAAUCUUGGGCAAAAUCCACCUAAAAGACAUGCAAGCAUCAUGUUUAUUAUGAAUUCAUCUUUGUGGUAUCUUCCAUGCGAA